GCGGCCACGAGCAGAGAAGGUUUGCGGCGUCGGUGAAAAUCUCUUGGAAAAAAAAUCGGAAAAAAAUCGAUUAGAAAUUGUUGACGAAGCAUAUUCACCCUCACAUCAGUAAAGUUCAAGAGGUAAAGUAUCGGUUUUGAAACGUGGAUUGUUUCUGUUUGCCGACCGAACACGGGGCAUGAAAUAGCGUCAGUGAAGGAGGAACGAACGGCCCGUGAAAAGUGGUAGCUCGAAAGCCGCUUAAUCUGCUUGUGUUUUAUUCUUUUGCAAGAGGAUUUAAUUUAAUUUUCCGGUCCAAUCUGGAUUUAAAAUAUAAUCCUGAAGGAAUAUGAAGGAGAAAGACGUCUCGCCCAAAACUGGUGGUAAACGAGGGGAAGAAAGGCGAGGUGGCCAUCACCAGCAGCCAAGGAAAAUAGGGAAUAAUCAUAACAGUAUCAAUAGGAACAACAAAAACCAUGGUAAUGCCAAGAGAACUCGCAAUAUCAGUGGCAAAAGGACCAAUAACAGAGAUUAUGAUGUUUAUGCACCUAAUCGAACUGCUAAUAACUUGAGUCUUUCUUCUGCUUCCUCAAGGACUAGUAGGAAUGAAAGACAACCUGGUGAAUACAAAACUUUAAAGAUCAGCAAUCUGGGUUCCCAGUUGAGUGAUGGUGCAAUUGAGGAUGGUCUUUUCCAUGAGUUUAAGAAGUUUGGGGAUGUUAGUGUGAAAAUAUCCAGGGAUGGUGAUGAAAGAGUGGCGUUGGUGAAUUUCAGACACUCCGAGGAUGCAAAGGCUGCCAGGCAUGCCAAGGGCAGACUGGUGUUACAUGAUCGUCCUCUAAAGAUUGAAACUGUUUACCCUGCACCAAAAGGAAGAAGUUACUCACCUGAACUGGAUGGGUAUUCUGCACCCAGUGUCCAGGCCAAUCGUCAUCGACAGAGAUCUCUGUCUCCAGCAGGACUUGGCUACCGAGAACACAGAGCUCAACAGCGCAGUUCUUUGGGACGUCAGAUAGCACCACCGCCGCCACCACCACCACCACCACCUCCUCCCCAGAGAGACUUGGAGAGAGAGCGUGAUUAUGCCUUUUAUGAAGGUCGGGGUCGAACUGCUUAUGCUCUUGAGAGGACUGCAUUCAGGGAAGAUGAAAUCUUGCCAGAAGAUGACAAACGAGCUAACAGGACGUUGUUUAUUGGAAACCUGGAUCCUUCUGUUUCACAAAAUGAUCUUUUGCUUGCAUUUGAGCGGUUUGGUGUUAUCUUGGAAGUGGAUAUUAAAAGGCCACCUCGAGGACAAGGAAAUUCGUAUGGCUUUCUGAAAUUUGAAAACUUGGACAUGGCUCACCGAGCUAAGAUUGCAAUGUCUGGCAAAGUGAUCGGGAGAAAUCCUAUCAAGAUUGGUUAUGGAAAAGCAACUCCCACUACACGUUUGUGGGUUGGGGGAUUGGGUGCCUGGGUUCCUGUAGCUGGUCUUGCAAGGGAAUUUGACCGCUUUGGAACCAUAAGGUCCAUUGACUAUAGGAAAGGAGACAGCUGGGCUUACAUUCAGUAUGAAAGCUUGGAUGCUGCUCAAGCAGCUUGCACUCAGAUGCGUGGCUUUCCAUUGGGUGGACCAGAUCGGCGGUUAAGAGUUGACUUUGCUGACACAGAGCACCGAUACCCUCAACAGUAUCUGCAAGCCUUGCCUCUUCCUCAUUUUGAUUUGAUUGGGGAUGGCCUUCUUCCUCGUGGUGCGGAAUGUCUGAGAGGUAGGGAAAGGAACUCUCCCCCUAUGCAUUUUCGAGAAAGGGACCUUUUUCCAGGCAACGAUUGGCAUGUUCUUUCUGUUCGGGAAAGAAGUCGAAGUAGCCACGAACCAUUUGAGCACCUUGAUUGUGAAGUCCGGGAUAGCUGGUCUCUUGAACGUGACCGUGAACAUAUUUUGCAUAAUUGGGACCAAAGAAGGAAAAGGAGAGGACCUGUGGAUGUACGCCCUUCUGAUUGUUCACCCAGUAAUGAUAGGUCCAGAAAGCGCCGUUGUAUUUCACCAGAUCGCAGCCCAGGUAAUAGCAGCCGUGAUGGUGGACGCCAUAGUGACUCUGACCGUGAUGCAAAGAAUGAGCGAUAUUCCCCCAACAGAGGAGACAGACGUAACAGCGCGGAAAAAAUCUCUAGCGGUAAGCACGAAGUCAAAGCCACCAGCUUACCUGAAAAGGAGAAAGAUCGCAAGCAUAGAACUAUAGAGUCCAUGAGCCCCCUGAAGAGCAAAUCGAAAUCUGAUCUCAAUGCCAAAGCAUCUGACAGCUUCCAGGAAUAUGAUCGCAAAUUGAACGUAGCCUGGCAUGGAAUGCUAGUUCUGAAAAAUAGUUCUUUCUCAACAAACAUGCACUUCCUCGAGGGUGAUCUAAGCGUUGCAACCAAUUUGUUAGUGGACGUCUCAACUGGUGGGAAGGUAGCGCAGUUAAAAAUCACUCAGCGCUUACGACUGGAUCAGCCUAAAUUGGAUGAGGUAACGAGACGUAUCAAAGCAUCUGGCACUAAUGGUUAUUGUGUCCUGUUGGCCGUACCAGCUUUAAACAGCGUGGAACAUGUGGAAGGAGUGUCCACUGGUUUAGAGCAAGCCACUUCACCACAGCGACCAUUGAGGAACUUGGUGUCCUACCUAAAACAAAAGCAGGCUGCUGGAGUCAUCAGCUUGCCCAUUGGAGGCAGUAAAGAGAAGGACCACACAGGUGUGCUCCAUGCUUUUCCUCCAUGUGAUUUUUCUCAACAGUAUCUGCAAACCUCUGCUCGAGCCCUGGCCAAAUCUGAAGAAGACUGUCUAGUUAUAAUAAUUGUACGUGGUGCAGCUUAGAACUGAAAUUGUAUUGUCUCCUGUGGUUGUGUAUUGUGAUAUGUAUGGGAUACAAAAGAGGAUGAAAUUCACCAAAAUGCUACACAAAAGAGCUAUCAGACACCUUAGCCACUUAGUACAUAAUGGAUCUAUCUUAAUACUGCAAAAAUACUGACUGGCUUGACAGCUUUGUCUUUGGUACAAGAUGUUCAGCCAGUUGAUAUUGAAAAACAAUAGUUAGGUAAUCAUGUGAAGUCUAUUGACCACCCUCUCAGCAUGUGCUCGCCUGACACCAAAUUCAGCCAUCAUACCAUAGUGGGCAUAUGGACACUAAUGUCUUUGGCCAAGUCACCCACAGUGUGUUGAUUCCCCUAUGACUUUACCUUUCUCUUUUAGUAAAAAAAAAUUCUCCUAUUCUUAAGUGGAGUAGUUUCUUUUACUCUAUGUCACUUCAACCUCUUUGAGAAGUAUCCAGUACUACAUUGAAAUACACAAUCACUCUCAUUACUGAACAUAAGCCGUGAAUUGUAUAAAGCUUGAAUGCUUCCUGCAUUGUUUACGGUAGUGAGUACCUCUCAGUGCUGGAGCCCAGUGGUUGGUUCUUUACUGUUUCAAGCAGAUUAUAUUAUUGGAAACAUGGAGUCCUAAAGAUACUCUUUUUAACAUUAUUAUUGAGAUCUUUAUUGAGACGCAAAACAUUUGUUCAAAAUCUAGUCAUUUUCUGGUUUUGUAAAUGAGGUAACAUAUUAGAGCACAGACAUCUUGCAAGCUGUUACAUGUAAUGUGCUGUAAUCAUUGUAGGCAGUUUUCUUUGCACUUAAUAUCUUUGGGCACCAUUCAUCCUCAAACUAACUGAAACACCAGUAAAGUAAUACUUUAUCUUUUGCCUUUGCCUAGUGAUUUAGAAGAUCCUUUUAAUCAUGGAUCUUGGGCCAAAGGCUGUAAAAUUGUUCAUUAAUAUUUAACAUACGCAAAGAGGGCAACUUGAGCUUUUCUAAUUACUGAGUAGGCAAAGGAUCAAAGCUGUGGGCCAUGUAUUAAAGCAAUGAUGGAUUAUAUAUCGGGAGUCCUGGGUGUGUAAAAGGAAAAAAAAAAAUGUGACUUUCCGAAAAGAUGCCUGUGUACUUGUUCCAUAGGUGGUUAAUUUGUCAGUGUUGAAAGGGAGUCUGAAGGGGAUGGAAAAACAUGCAAGAAAUCAGAAGAUAAUGAUGGAAAGUGAAAUCUAGAGAUUGUGCUGUGCUUGUCUGUAUUGUCUACUAGUCAAAAAAUAACUAGAGGCACAUGCAAGUCUGCAAAGGAAAAAAAAAUGUUCAUUUGAAACUUGAGCAUUUGAUGAGGUAUUUUACCAGUCCAAAAGGCAUCAGCACUUGUCGAUAUUGUGCUGUUUGCAGUAUUAGUUUGUGAGUUUCACAGUUACCCCAGUCCAUCACAUAAAUGUUGUUUUCUCAUUAAUUGGGAGUUUUUGAGGUGAUCUGGUCAAAUCAAAUUCAUCAGUACAGUACUAUGUGGAAGAAAACUGAAGGUGCCUCCUGAGAGAAUUGUUCAGUGGAAUCUAUAAACAGUACUGCUUAUCACUUGGGAGGUUGUGAAAUGAAUUUCACGUGAAAUUUGCCAAAUGAACUGAGUUUCCAUUCACAUGUGGCAGUGACAGCUAUUCAGAACAUUGCUGCAAGGUCAGCAAUUAUUUCAUUUGCAGUAUUCUUGCCCUAAUGAGUGAGGCGUUUUGAACAAGUACACAGGCAUGAUUUGUGAUUUUUUUAGAAAAACAUUAACUCAAAAGAAAAGUGUAAAUGUACAGAAGUGCACACUGACUGUAAAACAAAUUACAAAUUGCUAGAAAUCUGACCAAAUCAUAAAAGGCUGUAAAUGCUCAGCAGUUCAGUCAUUGUUGUAAAAUGAAUAGUUCACUUAGCCAGUUUAUUUGACAUUAACAGUCUAUAUGUAUAUUUUCCAGCUCCCUAAAUUCUGUCAUGAAUAACUAAUAAUGGGAGCUUCCUUGCAAAAAUCUACUGGCUUAAGUUAUGAUUGUGCAGAUUUUCAAAAAAAAAAUUCCAUUUCCUAGUUCUUGGGGUUGGAUAUGACCACCAUUUCAUUCCUUUGAUUGAUUUUCUGCAACCUGUGCAGGCUUACCUGCUGUGACUGAAACUCUGGUUUCUUUGCUAAGGAAAUUUUUUGUAAAACAAUAGACGUGGGUAUUACUGGCAAGGCUACAAUUCAUUACAUCUUCCAUUAGCCAAUGAGAAGGUCAGAGUGAGCAAUCUCCAAAUGCUGCUCACUGCUUAAUUUUUCUUCUCCUAUGAGAGAAUUCUUGCUGCAUCUUUUGUAGAUUUCUGGUAGACAAUUGGACUAGUAGAAACAACCCAAUUCCGUGAGAGGUGGAAUGCCAUUGAGAUAGGUGGCACUCUGAAUGUGAGCAUUUAAAGAGGGGAGAAAAUUGAAAGGAAUAUUCCAGAAUAAUUCCUCAUGCCAUAUCCUUUGCAUAUGGGCACAUGGAAAAUUUUCUGAAGGAUUUUGUAUGUUAAAAGAGAUGUCCAGUACAUUAUAAUGCAGCAAUUUUGGCUUUGUGCUGUACUGUUCCAGGAAUUGUUUUAUCUGUGGUCCAUUAUAACUAGCCUUUACUAAUAGUAGCUUCAAAUCAGCAAAGCUAAUUAUAUAAAAUCAUAUAUAUAGUAAUAUUGGCAACAAAUUCUGCCAUGAGUAGUGACAAAAUCAUCAUAAAGCUAAAUUUAGGGAAGGCUUUUUGUGCUUAAAACUGAAUGAACACUUUCACCAUCAUGUAUGGGAUCUUGAAGAAUAAGAAUGAUGCACAACUUGAAGGUGCAUCUGAACUGCAGAGCCUUGCUUAACUAAAUUGGUAUGGACUUUUAAUUCAUAAAAGCAAGUCUGUGUGCACUGUAUAUUUUGAGUAAUUUUAAACAGUGAAAUGCAAACAAAAAUGGCACUACGUAUAUGUUUGAAUGGUUUAAUUACAAUCAGAAUUUUGGGCAACUGAGAUGAGAGAUUAAAACAUGUGACCUAUCAAUUACUUAGAUAGUAGGAGAAUUGUCUCAUGGUCCAGUUGUACAAGACAUGCAGUUGUCCUGCAAGUUAGAUUAUCUUCAAUGUCAUGAUACAUUAAUGAUAACUUAAACAUCUUUGGACAAUAGAGUUAAGCCCAGUAUAGAGUCGAGUAUGUUAAUGUUGGCUUUCUCUCAAAGUCGAUAAUUAUAGCAAGUGGACAAGUUUUAUUCUAACUUAGAGCUCCUGCUUUCAGUGAAGGCUCUAAUUACCCCUAGCCCUUGUAAAUUUACUGGGCAAUCUCCUAGAUAUGCUUACACUAAUGUCUUUUACAACAUUUGAGAAAGACAGUCAUACUGUAAGCUUUAGUUUUAAACUUCAAAUUGUAGGCUUAAUCCUCACUGCCCUGGCUUUGCUUAGUCUAUGCCUGCUUCCACUCAUCUGUAGUUGUGAAGAGAACCAGCCAGCUCAUUCUUCAGGCUUGGCUGUUGCCACUGUAACCAGAUACUCAAAAGUCCAGAGUCAUGGUUAUCAGUAUUUUCCUUGUUUUCUUUUGUAAUAUUUUGUUGAUUUGUUUUCUCCCCCCAGUACCCCAGCUGACUUUUUAAACAGACAUUGAAUAAACUAGGCAACUCCCUGUGAUAUUGCUGCACAGUGUAGCAGCUGUUGAUACUGUCAAAUGCUGGGAGUGUAGUGUUCAAGCAGAAGCACGUGACCUUUUUGGAGAUGUGCUGCACAAUUUUUAGACAUUGUGCUGCUGCAGUCCAUUGAUUUGGUUGGAGGACCAGUACAAAUUGGGUAUGUUUUCAAUUACUUACCUAUGAUUGAGCCAGUUAGUUUUGGUCACUACUAUUAAUAUAAAAAUUUCUGAAGUCCAACAUGUCAUUCUCUUUCCAAUUCCCAACAGCCAUGGCACACAGUAUUUUGAUGCAGAUAACCCCAGCGCAAAUAAGUGGUCUUAAUUUUGUUUUUCAAAGUGUAAAUGAACCAGUGUUAGAUUAUCAUUGUAAAUGAAGAUGAAAAGUUACUAAGGAUUUUGAGCUUCAGACAAGUCUUCAGACUUGCAUUUGAUAGCUAAGCUUGGGGGCUAUUUAACAUAGGACUUUUAUCUUGGACAAAGAUAUCAGCUUUUACACCAUGUCUUUGACAACUCCGCAUAAAAGCAUUUGUUUUAGAAAGCUAGGGUUUUAUGGGUGCCUUAGUAAGAACCAGUUAUCCAAUAGCAUGCCAAUAGAAUUUCUUUAGUGAUGAUUUUUUUCUUUGUUGAUGCUAUAUGUACAAUUAUUGUAUUAUUGUUAGUUAUAUAGAAGAAGCUGCUGUUGCAUGUUUUUUUUUGUCUAAUUUGAUAUUUCUUUCCUGCAAAAUCCAAAUGGCAGAAUGUUUGAAUGGCAAACCUGAGGAGGAUACUUCCCGCUGGAAUUUAGUGCAAGCCGAAGACGAUGUUUGUGUGAAGUAAAAUGGCCUUUUGCAGGGGGAAAUUUCUGGUUGUUUGUUUUUAAAAAGCUGGAAUGGCAGCUUGAAAAAAAUAUAUAUAAAAAGUUCCUGUAUCUUCUAAUGUGAAACCAGGUCCUGUGUUUUGAGGGGAAAAUGAUCUGCUGCUGUGUGCUGUUUAUAACUGAUUUCUGGGGGCAAAAGGAAAAGCUAUUCGGGCUCAACCAACUGAAUACUGGCUUUCACAGACACACGUGCGUUGAGCUGAUUAUGUUGUCAACCAAAAUCAAUAAAAUGUGUUUUCUUUUGAGGAAAAAAAUCUGCCUUGGAGUAAGUUUGAAUGAAGCAAAAAAAAAAUGACCCCUUGCGUACGUUUGCGAGGCAUUUUGUUUUGGAACUCCCCGUUAUUUGAGGAGGAACCGUCAGCGUCACCGUUAUCCUAACAGUGGCCUGCAAGAAAGAAACGAUGGGGAGUUACCCCAUUUCGAAAUGCUGAGAAUUGACCACUGGCUGAUCGUCGUGAUACUGUUCUAAUUGAAGAUCCAGAGUUGCUUGAAAAAUUUUUUUUAAAGUUUUGAUUUAUUUUUGAUCCGACAUGAGAAGUAUUUGAAGAAUGUGAAUCUUUGAAAAUAAGUUUCGAUCUUGCUGCCCAUGACCAAACAAAAAACAAAGCCUCCCUAAAUAAGUAUUCUGCUUUUCUCGAAUGCUGCCUAGAAUACAGGCAGCACCCCCAUGUUCUGGAGCUUUAAAAGCAUGCCAUUUCAGUUCUUAAUUUGAAGAGGAAGAAAAGGUACAAUACGUCUGAUAUUUCGUCAGGGCUAGCAAUCGGUUUAAAUACACUUUUACUGUGUUACUGAUGGAUGCGUUAUGGCUUAUAACAGUUUCACACCCUAUGGAUGUGCAUGUCCUUAGGUACCCAAACUCAUUCAUACCUGUAUUGCCUUUCAACUCAUCACAGUGAGAUUUCAACUCAAGUGUUUUGACCUAGGAGACCUUUUUAUGUAUUUUUAAAAAUGAAUAUAAUUGCCCAGUAACUAGCUGAUAAGCUUGCACUGUUAACUAACAGAAGACGCCUGUUCUGAGUUUCACGUGCGCCUGCUGUUAAAACGCUUUGUAAAGGAUGAGGGAGGAAGCACUCCUGCACUGCAGUGUUUACAAGACAGACAAUCGAUUAUCAACAUUGGAUGCUAUGGAUUUUCUGUCUACAAAGGUGUUUACACUGUUUAUCAGUAUUGGUGUUUGCACCCAGGUGCUUCCUGACCUCCUAUGCAAUUCCAACAUUUUUUUUACUACUUCAUCUAUUUUUCCAGCCGUUCAGCCUGCUGUUGUAAGGUAACCUGGGAAUGACUGAAGGACUUUCCUGAUUUGUGUGGUAUGUUUCAUCUAACUCAGUAAACACUCUGAAGCUCAAAUUCCUCUUUCUGAGAUGCUGUUUUGUUCACUCAUUGGCCUUCCACCAAUCUCCUCUUCCCUUUCUGUCUUUCCUUCCACCCCUCUGUUUUUGCUCACUUAACAAUGUAGUUAAGUUGCCUGCUACAGCAUAGAACUGCUGAUAUAAUUGCAGUAACAAAUACAGAUUUUGUGCUGUAAACGCUACUGUACUCUGGGCUUGAUAAAGAUUUCUGCAAUGGACUUUUUACUGAAAUGUAAAAGUACUUUUUUUCUUUCCUAAGCUACUGCUCAAUCAAUCAAGUGUUUUUCAGGAUUGUAGACUUUUAUAUUGAUAGUUGAUUUAUUAUUGUCAGGUGUACCAAGGUACUGAGACAAUAAAUCUCUAAGCUUUUUUGCAUGCUCUCUGUACAGAUCAUUUCAUUACAUAAAUAUAUAAAAGCACAAGAGAAAACCAAUAUCAGAAUACAAGUAAGUAUAUUGUUACUCUUACAGAAAAAUGCAGUGCUUUGUCGUUUUGUACAAAUUGUAUCAACUUGCUCCUAUGAAUUUUCUAAAUUCUUAACUUUCGGUCAAUUGUUUAAUGAAAUUUUCAUAAUAUCUUAUUCUGGGUUAUAGGGCCCUCAUUUAAAAAAAAAUACAGUUAUCAGCAAGAUUCGAAUUGUUGGUAUCCUGAGAUUCGCAUAAUACAGCAACAAAUAGUUGAUCGAUAACAAUGAAUUAAUCCAAAACUAGCACACGCUCACAGUAAAGAAAUGUCAGUUUUAGAACUGUAAAUUCCAAAUAAUCUCUUUUUCACCCAAUGAUAAUACUUAUCUUAAAUGACUAAAGGCAAUGUACUUUCCUGAAAUAAAAUGAUUUGAAUUAUCAGGAUUUAAAUGUUUUAUCUUGUACCAAAAGUUACAAAUAAUUAGCUGCACAGAGAUACAUUUCAAGAGGGAUUUGGAUGGUUUAGAAAAUGCUUUUUUCCACUGGAAAAGUUGGUAAAUAAUUUAUAAUUCUGAGAACAGUUUUAAAUAAAACUGCUUUAAGAAAAAUAUUUCAAGUUGAUAAACAAAUGACCAGACAUUGACUUAAGGAUUUAUUGAGGAUUCUACAUUAUUGCAACCACAUGAAUCAAGCAAAAAUUUUUCCAUUAGAAGUUAUAAAUGUUUUUAAAAAACAUAAGAUGGUUAUAAAAAAAUUUGAAUUUCAUUUCACAUGAACAAAGUUUGAGUAGCUAACUCAAAUGGAGGGGCUGGCUCUGGUAGAGGCAUAAAGGAUUAAAAGUGAGUUCGAAUCUCUUAAUUUAUCUGCCAUCAUGUGACAUACCUACAAAAUCUCUAAACUCUGAGCCAAUAAUUGUGUUCCCUUCCAAGCCAGUAUCUCCAUUGUCAGGGUUCUGUUUGGACUUAGCCAGAUGCAAUGAAUGGGCCAUAUAAUUAGAUUGGUGACAUCCACCUUACUCGGUCGUGGUGAAAGAUUGCCGGGAGGACAGAGGCAAAGAAUAUUUCCAAAGCCACCUUGAAUAAAGUAUAAUAUCCUUGCUAACUUUUGGAAAUUUCUGGCCCAUGACCGCUCGAAAAUAGAAACAUAGGACAUAGAAACGUAGAAACACAGAAAACCUAUAGCACAAUACAGGCCCUUCGGCCCAAAAUGCUGUGCCGAACGUGUGCUUACUUUAGAAAUUACCUCAGGUUACCCAAAGCCCUCUAUUUUUCUAAGUUCCGUGUACCUAUCCAGGAGUCCCUUAAAAGACCCUAUUGUAUCCGCCUCCACCACCAUCGCCGGCAACCCAUUUCACGCACUCACCACUCUCUGCGUUUUAAAAAAAAAACACUACUUACCCCUGACAUCUCCUCUGUACCUACUUCCAAGCACCUUAAAACUCUGCCCUCUUGUCUUAGCCAUUUCAGCCCUGGGAGAAAGCUUCUGACUAUGCACACGAUCAAUGUCUCUCAUCAUCUUAUACACCUCUAUCAGGUGACCUCUCAUCCUCCAUUGCUCCAAGGAGAAAAUGCCAAGUUCACUCAACCUAUUCUCACAGGGCAUUAUCACCAAUCUAGGCAACAGUGCAGAAAGUUUCCCCAAUCCAGAAAAUGGGGAAAAAUUAUUCAGUGUGACACUAAGAACCUAAAAUUACAAAAUCCAUGGGUGGAUGGCACCAUUUCUCAUGCUACUACUCAAUUCAGCACAUUCUGCCUGACCAUGACCAAGUCUUUACACCCCAUGUUGCCCCUUAAUUGCAUCUCUUUUCUAAUCCAGUGUGGUGGGCUCCUAGGUGAUUAAGAUCAAUCCAUAUCUUCAUGAGGUUGAACUGGUUUUGUGUAUGCAAGGUAAAUUUAGGUUUGUGAUGCAGAUAGAUCAGGGUAUAACUUACUAGAUCUACUCUUUAAGUUUCAUUUAUUAACCUGAUUUUUAGCUUUAUGUACUGAUCUUGUAAGUGGCAAAGGCUACACAGUCACUUUGAAGAGGGAGGAGGUUCUUGGGAGAGCUAUCUCUUGAACUGAUAACCUUGUAAGUGUUACGUUUCUCACUGGAGCACUCUAAGGUCUAUCUCUGGGGAAGUUAAGCGUACUAUUGCAGGAACUAUCUGAUCUGAUGGUGUUCAGUGUUGAAGCUGUGUGUCCGUAGAGUGUUUCCUAAUCAUCCCAAGCACAAAAGGACCUCCUCCAAAAACUAACAGAUUUUCAAAACUAUUUGUCCUCAGUGCUGCCUAAACAAUUUAAAAACACAGCUGUAAUCUUAAUUUUUUUUGUUUACUUUUACAGCUAAUUUCAUGGUGUGCUGAUCCAUGAACAAUGCAUGGAGCAGGAUUGUGGAUAGUUUUCUAUUUAUCCAAGUGCCCAGUAGACAGAUAAGUUGUUGUCCUCAUAAGUUGUGAUAAUUUCAUUGCAUCAUUUUUUCUGGUAAGUAAAAUAUGCAUCUUUCCCUGUUUAUUGUUUUUUUUAAGAAGUUUCUAGGAAGAUCACUCCAACUCUACAAGCUGUCGACAAUAAGUAGUAAGAAAAAGAAACAUGUGUUUUCAUGCUUCCACAACCCCCCCCCCCCAUCUCCCCACCCCCCCAGGUUUGGAUUACAAGUUUUCAUUCUGCAUUUUUAAUGGAACAGAACAGCUAGAGCUCUUGCAAAGAGGAAUGUGUUUACAGGAUUUGUUGUGGGGCCAUGGACCAGAAUUCAAUGGGUGUCCAUUAAUUUGUUAUAAAAGGCAGUCUUGCAGUCGGAAAUUGGGAUUGGGAAGGGAAUUCUAGAGCAAGAGAUCGAGUGCCUGAGGAUAUUAGUGAAGUGCCAAUGGGAAUCAAAAACUAAAGACUAAAAAGGAGAUUAUAAGGUGUUGGGAAGUUUCAGCUCUGGAAAAGUGGUGAAGGAACUUUAAACAGAAUUUUUAAUUGGGAGUUGUGGAAGGUGAAUCCAUCUGCAUUUAUCAGUAGCUUUACCUUCACUGCUUGUUCCUGGCUGUACACCAAGUAAAGUACCUUCACAAAUAAUUUUCUCAAGCUCUGGUGAUGUCUCAUAUUUGCUGGAAAGGGCUCACUCUUCAAUCUGAAGCAUUAAUUCUGUUUCUCUUUCCACAGAUGCCACCUGACCCAUGAAUAUACGGUAUUUUUGCACAUUUCUACACGUAGUCUCUUAUCACUGGAUUCCCUUCCUGUUCAUGAGUUUGUCUAAAUGCCUCUUAAACAUUACUAUUAUAAAAACCUCUGGCAGCACUUUAACAGCACUUACCAUACAUAAAUAGAUCCUUGUAGGUUUUUAAACUUUGCCAUGCACCUUAAAGCUGUGCCAUUUCUUGGUGCCUGUCACAUGCUUUUACUUUUUUAAUAUGCAAUGCUGCUUAGUGCCCUUACUGAUGAUUUUCAGUAGAGGAGAUUCCAAAGGAAUGCCUACAUACUGUGGCUGCAGCCUAUGUAACCUCAGCAUGGAGUGCAGCAACCCUGCUGGCUGUAAAUGACAAGGUGCUGGUGGAGCUGCAGGGGCAGGGGUAUGAAUUUUUGCCAGCCACUUUCCAAGAAUAAAUAAAAAAAUAAGCCAGGAAAGACUGUCACUAGCAAGCCUAUACUGGCUCUCUCCAGUUGUGUUUAAUACAAAACUACAGUUGAAAACUGGACUAUAAAUUGAAGUGUUGAAUGCUUAUUUUGACUGUGUACAGGGGAGAUGGGGGAAUAGCAUGCUGGGUGUUCUGAAGAACAUGCUGGGUUGAAUUAAGGUUGGGUGUUUGCCACAAAUAUUGUGUACCCUUGCAUUAUGGCAGUGCUCAGAUGUUGGAAAUUUUCCCUUAUAGAGUACACAUCCCUGCCAAAAUUUUGCUCUGAGAGAACUUAUUCCAGGAAAAGUAACUAAAUAAACAAGAAUGUGAAAGAAGCAAUAAAUUUUGUCAUGAGCUUGUGUCAAGGAAAAUCACAAUGUUGAAAGCUUUCUAAGUAGACAGCCAGUCCUUAAAAUGUGGGUGUACUGUCAUGGCCCCAGGGUGGUUCUUUACCUUAUUAGAAACAAUUGAGUUGGCUCAUGUUGUGACUCUGAACUCUUCCAAAGUUCUUUUGAUUGGAAAAUUGGACUUAACUUAUUUUCUCAGAAGGGGCAGGAUGGAUGUCUUGGGCGUAAGUUAUCUUUUAGCCUAGCACUUGAGAACUAGUGUCAACAUUGGGAGUUCUGUCCCCACAGGCAAGGUGAACAACAACCUCGAGUUCUACAAGUCGGAUAGACUGACUGCUGGAGGCAGCACGGUGAUAUGGUGUACCUUUUAUAUCUUGUUGACUGAGCAACUCUUGGAUCUCAUGGCAUCAUGGGAGACAAUUAUAAAAGUAAAUCAAAGUUUGCUGGCAUGAGAGGAAUCUUAUCAAUUGGAUAAUUCUCUUUGACCAGCGACCAAACCGGACAUCAGAAGUUUAAGAGGAGGGGAUUCCAAUGCGGGCCACUGACAGAGUGCAAAAAGAAUGGAUCGCGGCAGAAUAAUUGAGCUUUGACCAGCAAUCGAUGGUCGUUGAGGAUUGAGUAGCAAGAGCAAAUUAAAGGAAGGCGGGGUCAAGCACAGCGGCUGUCGUCAGAGUGGACAGAGUCAGAGUGGUGAUCUUGAGGCUUUAGCUCAAAGAGGCUUCAGUGAGAGAAAGCAAAACCAGAAAAGCUCUAGGUAAAGUUUUCUUUUUUUGUCUUCCCUUCUUUAUAUCUGCUCAGUUAGGACAGAGAGAUGCCAGACAGAAUAGUUGAACGUUCCUUUUCUGGGGUGCGAGAGGGCAGGGAGACCUCCAGUGUCCCUGAUGACUACAGCCGUGAGAAGUGCAUCCAGCUGCAGCUUCUGACAAUCGGUGUUAAGAGUUAGAGCUGGAGUUGGAUCAACUCCGGGUCAUUCAGCAGGCUGAGGGUGUGAUAGGUAGGACAUAUAGAGAGGUCAGGAAAGGGAAAGGGGUUUAAACAGCCAGUGCAGAGUACCCCAGAAUCAUCACCCUCAACAGCUUUGGAUACUCUUUGGGGGGGAGGAAAUGACCUAACAGAGAGAAAUCACGUGGUCGAGUCUCUGGCACUGAGUCUGAAGGGAAGGAGGGAGAAGAGACACUCUGUGGUGAUAGGGGAUUCAUUAGGGGAAUGGACAGGAGGUUCUAGGGGCCAGAACAAGAUUCCAAGAUAGUAUAUUGCCACCCUGGUGCCAGGGUCCGGGACGCCUCGGAUUGAGUCCUCAGCAGUGAGAUUGUGGACAGCCAGAGGUCAUGCUCCAUGUCAGUACCAAUGGCACGGGUGGGAUGAGUGAUGAGGUUCUGCAUAGGAAGUUAGCUGCUAAUUUAAAGGCAUGACCUCCAGGGUUGUGUUCUCAAGUGCUAGAGAGGCCAGAACUCAGAAGAUUAUACAGAGUAACAUGUAGCUAAGGAGUUGGUGUAGGAGGGAGGUCAUAAGAUUUUUAGAUCAUUGGGCUCUCUUCCAGGGAACGUAUACAGAAAGGACAGUUUACACUUAGACUGGAGGGGGACUAAUAUUGUAGCAGGAAGGUUUAUUAAUGCUGCCUGGUGGGGUUUAAACUAGCGUUGCCGGGGGAUGGGAACCAGAGUGCCAGAACAAUUAGUGGAUAGGUUGGGAAGACAGAUGUUGGUAAGACCUCAAAGUCAAAAAUCAAAAGGUUGAGCAUGGUGUGACUAGGGUCUUGAGCUGCAUAUACUUCAAUGCAAGAAGUAUCAUAGGAAAGGCGGAUGAGCUUAGGGCAUAGAUCAACACCUGGAAUUAUGAUGUUGUGGCCAUUAGUGAAACUUGGUUGCAGGAGGAGCAGGACUGGCAGCUCAAUAUUCCGGGGUUCCGUUGUUUUAGACGAAAUGGAGUGGG